UUUGUGGCCAACAGGCCUCCUUUAACGGUACAAGAUGAGGUUGCUUCUCUCUUUGGAGAGAAGCGACCCCAUCUUUAUUAGUUCUAAGCAACGCUCUGCAACUGGCUCACGCAAUGUCAACUAAUUUGCUGGGCAAAUUAUUACCGGGGGUAGUUUGCCCUACCAGCUUGUUCACAACUUGCAUUCGACUGGCGUCAAAAGGAAACCGGGCAUGUCGUCAAGACGGUCAGCAAAAGGGCCAGGAAUACGGAUGGAAAUUACAUAGUGGUCAGAUGGCUAAGGAAGGACAACUAUUGUACAAGCAGAGAGUACCCAGAUUUCAUCCGGGCUUGAAUGUUAUUGUGUCAGGUGAGAAACUUUCACUACAUGCCGCUUGCCCUGGCAAAGUUCUGGUCACACGUGAAAAAGUCCACCUCAACUACGAUAAUAAAAAGAUUGCGCCAUAUUACGCGAAACGAGACAUGAGCGCCGUCUAUAAGAAGUACUAUCACGUCAUCCCGAAACCCCAACACAAUGAGUUUCAGCUUGUGGCGGAAAUUUAAUGUCAAAGCUGCAGAGCUGAGUGAUGAACGAAUUAUUUUAAGGUGCUUGUAAUAAACACUUAAACAACCUUAGGGUAUCGUGCUGUGUGUUAACGUUUUUUUAUAAUAAAUAUUUGAUGAACUGUC